AUGAGACGUCAAUUAUCGUCGUCGGUCAAAGACAUGCAUCGUGGAGUACCAGCAAUCCCAUUCGAGUCAUAUGAAUCCAAGAACUCUGAAAACCCCUUCUAUAUUCCAAAUCCACCCAAAAAAGAGGAGCGAAUUUGUCGAUUUCCGAUUGGCAAUAGAACCACAGAUACCAGAUGCAAAAUUCUGGAUGAAAUCACUUUUUUCAUGCCCAACACCUGUGAUUUUGACGAUAUUGAGAAUCGAUCAAUGUGGUGUGUGAGACGACUCAGGGAAAUGAUAAAUCUCUUUGUCGACUACAUCGAACAAAACUUCAAGGAUACGAUUCCAACGAAAGGUCGUCGAGAGCUUCCGAUGUUUCCAGACGCAUUUCAUAAAACGAUUCAAGACGUUGGAUUUGUAUGUUGGGGCGUUUUUCGCCUAGAUGUGGAUUAUGUCAACUUGUAUACUGCUAUUCACCGCUGCAUUUUGGUGUUUGAUCCAACAUGCACCUUCAAAUAUCUAGAAGCUUCUGAAGACCUCUCCAGAGACGACGCCUUCUUCAGAGCUCGGCAGGAGAAUUUGGCGUUGAGAAAUUUGUCCGAGAAGCGAUUUGAUAAAUUUUUUUGA